AUGGCACAGCACCAACAGACAGCCGCUGAUUCUUCCAAUUCUGUCCUCCUCCUCGGCGGAACAGGCAAAGUUGCAGGCCAGAUAGCACCCCAGCUCGAGGCAGCUGGCUUCUGCCCAAUCAUCGCCUCGAGGAACCAGAAGAGCUACGGCGGCUACACAGCUGUCAAGUUCGACUGGGACGACGAGUCGACCUGGCAGAAUGCCCUUCUGGGAGGCGGCAGCGAGCCCGUAAGAUCAGUCUUCAUCGUGGCUCCCGGCUACGUUGCCCCCCGGGAGAUGGCAACGAAGUUCAUCACGCAGGCACGCAAGAACGGCACACGGCGUUUUGUGCUGCUGAGCUCUAGUCAGUUCACCGAGGACUCGCCUGCCCUGGGCCAGAUCCACAAACUUCUCCACGAGAUGGGCGACCAGGGGGAGGUCGAGUGGGCCGUCAUGCGGCCAACGUGGUUCCAGCAGAAUUACGCCACUGACCCAUCCCACGUCAAGGCCAUCAGGGAAGACAACAAGCUGUACUCGGCUACAGGUCCUGGACGCAUGCCUGUGGUGUCGACCUACGACAUUGCCGCCGUGGCCUGCUAUGCGCUCACGACCACGGACACGCUCAACAAGGACUUUGUGAUUCUCGGCCCAGAGCUGCUGAGCUACCAGCAGCUCGCCGACAUCCUCACCGACGUGCUUGGCCGCAAGAUCACCUACCACGAGCUCACCGAGGAGGAGCUCGCCGAGAGACAUGUCGCCUUCGGGCUGCCCCAGGAAUACGCGCCGGUGCUCGCGCAUCUUGAUACCAUCAUCAAGCACGGAGCCGAGGACCGCAUCAACAAUGUCGUGGAGCAGGUUACUGGUCGGCCGCCCCGGUCAUUCAGGCAGUUUGUAGAGGAUGAGAAGGCGACCGCUCUCUCCCGCAGCUAUGCCACCGAGGCUCCCAAGCAGGGCACCAACCCAGCCAUCUACGCCCUCGGCGCCGCUGCCGUCGGCGGUGCCGGCUACUACUUCUUGUCCGCCAACCCCGGUGCCGCGCAAAAGGCCGCGGAGAAGGCCAAGGCUGCGGUCCCCAGCGGCCCGGCCAAGAAGGCCUUCACUGGCGGUGACCAGGGUUUCAUCUCCCUCCCCGUCGAGGAGGUCGAGAUCAUCAACCACAACACCAAGCGCAUUCGCUUCAAGCUGCCCGAGGAGGACAUGGUCUCUGGCCUGGAGGUUGCCAGCGCUAUCCUGACCAAGUACAAGUACGAGGACCAGGAGAAGCCAACUCUGCGGCCGUACACUCCUACCAGCGAUGAGAGCGAGCGCGGCUAUAUUGACCUCAUUGUCAAGAAGUACCCCAACGGCCCCAUGUCGACUCACCUUCACGAUCUCACUCCUGGCCAACGGCUCGACUUCAAGGGCCCUCUGCCCAAGUACCCCUGGGCUCCGAACAAGCACAGCCACAUUGCCCUGAUUGCGGGCGGCACAGGUAUCACACCCAUGUACCAGCUAAUCCGGGCCAUCUUCAACAACCCCGAAGACAAGACCAAGGUCACGCUCGUAUUUGGCAACCUGACCGAGGAGGAUAUCCUGCUCAAGAAGGAGCUGGCGCACCUUGAGAACACGUACCCGCAACGCUUCCGCGCUUUUUACGUGCUCGACAAGCCCCCCAAGGAGUGGGCCGGCAACAGCGGCUACAUUGACAAGAACCUGCUCAAGACGGUCCUGCCUGAGCCCAAGGAGGACAACAUCAAGGUCUUUGUCUGCGGCCCGCCGGGGCUAUACAACGCCAUCUCGGGCAACAAGAAGAGCCCCAAGGACCAGGGCGAGCUCACGGGUAUUCUCAAGGAGCUUGGCUACGAGAAGGAUCAGGUCUACAAGUUCUAG